AUGAAUGUCACGGUGCUUCCCAUCUGGCUCUUACUCUCACUCAUGGCCGCCCAGGGCCUCACGGCACCCACAUCCAUGCCGGAGGGAAUGGGCUCUCCUUCCCCUACUGCACACGCUGACAUGAUAACAGCCACAAAAUACCUUAAGAGCUACUACAAUCUGCAAGAGGACCCCUUGGUUCCCUGGAAGAGAAGAUGUCUGACCUUUGCAUCCAAACUGGAAAACAUGCAGAUGUUCUUCGGGCUCAAUGCAACAGGCAGACUGGAUCGAGGCACAUUAGAGGUAAUGAGGAGGCCUCGCUGUGGAGUUCCGGAUUUCAAAGAGCACAGCAGUCACAUCCAAGGGGCACAAAGGAAAAAGGUCAUCACUUACUGCAUUGGCAGGUACACCAAAGACAUGCCUCGCAGCACAAUUGACUCACUGCUCGGGUCCGCUUUCCGCGUUUGGGCCAGAGCCAGUGGUCUGACAUUUGUCCGCUCGCAGACCCAGAAUGCUGACAUCAAAGUGGAGUUUGUCACAAAAGAACAUGGUGAUUCGUUUGCAUUUGAUGGACCCAGUGGCUCGUUGGCUCAUGCUUUUGCUCCAGGACAGGGUGUCGCAGGAGAAAUGCACUUUGACGAUGAUGAACACUGGACAACAAGAGGAACAUCUGGUUUUAAUCUCAUAGUUGUGGCUGCACAUGAAUUUGGCCACAUGUUGGGUCUGAAGCAUUCAAGGAACCCCACAUCAAUCAUGCACCCCAACUACAAAGCCUAUCCAUUAGGGGCUGACCUCCUUUCCCAAGAAGACAUCACCAAUAUAAAUGCACUUUACCGUAAACACAUCUGCCCACCCCAAGACCGCCCAGUAUACUUUUCAAGAACGUACCCUCGACGCAUACGAAACAGAUGCGCUCCUGAUGUGACCUUCGAUGCAGUCUCCACACUUGGGGAUGCCACAAUUUUUUUCAAAGACAGAUAUCUUUGGAUUAAACACAAUGAGGCGUAUGACAUCAAAGAAGGUCCGACUACCAACUUCAUGCCCAAGAUAGAAACCAGCAUUGAUGCUGCCUUCUGGGUACCACGCAGGUCUACUGCUUACCUCAUUCAUGAAUCAAUGUUCUGGACGGUGAAAGGCUCCGUAGUGAAGGGAAAGCCCAGAGCUCUGUGCCAUUUUGGCUUCCCAGCCUGGGUGCAAGAUGUUGACGCCGCUGUACACAUUGUUAAAACAGGACGCACCCUCUUCUUUAUGCAUGAUAUUUAUUGGAGCUACAAUGAAAAUAGAAGAGUAAUGGAUUUCGGUUAUCCAAAAUACAUCAGCGAGGACUUUCCUGGAAUUAACUCAACAAUAAAUGCUGCUGUUUACAAAGAAGCACCGACCAUCGCCCCGACAAUUUCACCAGAAGAAAAUGAAAUAGCUGAGAAUUAUCUUUCUCAGUAUUACGAUGAUGUCGGAACGAGAAACUCUACAAGGAGAAGGCUUAUUAAGACCAACUUCAUCCAAAAUCUGGAAUCCAUGCAGGCUUUCUUUGGCUUGGAGGUGACGGGGGUGUUGAAUAACGAGACUAUGGAAGCCAUGAAAGCUCCCAGGUGUGGUGUGUCAGACAUCAGUCGCUAUGGGCAUUUUGCUGGGAGACCCAAAUGGAACAAGAGGCUGAUAACAUACAGGAUCACUCAGUACACUUCAGAUCUGAGCCAGAGACAGGUGGAUGAGACUAUUCGUCAAGCCUUCAAACUUUACAGUGACGUCAUCCCACUGGAUUUCAAGCAGGUCUACAGUGGAACUGCGGACAUCAUGAUCCUUUUUAAGGGUGGAUAUCAUGGGGACUUUUUUCCUUUUGAUGGACCGGGUGGAGUUUUGGCUCAUGCAAACUCUCCCGGGAGGGAUCAGGGAGGGGACACACACUUUGAUGACGAUGAGCAGUGGACACUCACACAAAGAGGUGUGAAUUUGUUGCUGGUGGCAGCACACGAGUUUGGCCACGCUUUAGGAUUGGACCAUUCCAGAGACAGACGUGCACUUAUGUUCCCCACUUACAAAUAUGUCAACACAAACGGUUACAAGCUGCCAGAUGAUGACAGGCUAGGAGUCCAGGCACUUUACGGUAGCCGCACACAGCAGCCAACAAAAGCCCCUAAACCCAAUCCACCACCUGAACCAGAGCCAGAAGAUCCAACAGAAGACCCAGAUGACCCUCUUCCAAACCCUCGUGAUGAGCAAUGCAACAGCAAUUUAGUGUUUGAUGCUGCUUCAUCCAUCAGGGGAGACUUGUACUUCUUCAAAAACGGAUACUACUGGAGGAAGAGUACCAUGUUCCAAGGAAUCCGUUUCACUAAAGUGAACACAAAAUGGUCACAGAUUAAUACUGUUGAUGCCGCAUAUGAGGUCCCAAACAAAGAUGCUUUUUAUCUCUUUGAAGGUAAUCAGUUGUGGGGCAUUAGGGCCUUUGCAAAAACAAUUCUACCAGGCUAUCCAAAGUCACUGACUAGCCUCGGCCUGCCGUCCUCCGUCAGUAAAGUGGAUGCAGCCGUCUAUGUGGCAACGACCCGAAAAACAUUGCUUUUUGUGAACAAACAGUAUUGGAGCUAUGAUGAGACAAGGAACCGAAUGGAUACUGGAUAUCCAAGAUCCAUUUCCAAUGACUUCCCUGGUGUUGGUUCCAAGGUUGAUGCAGUUUUUGAGAAUUUUGCAAGUGAACCGCCCAGUGAAAUUGCAGCAAAGCCAAACCUCACCUGGCUUGAUGCUUCUCAGAUUGUUUUGGAGGAAGCGGGACAUCCCAUGCACAUAAAGGAGAUCAAGCAACGGAUCAUCGACCGAGGACUUGUUCAGUCCAAUGCAAAGUCAAGUCUGGAAGCGGUCAUGUAUCGCGAGACAGAUGAUGAGCGGCAGCAGGCUCUGAAGGCCUUUGCCACCCAAGCCUUCCUAGGCACGCCGCAGCAGAACACGGCCUCCGUUUCAGGAUCCGGGGGCAGCAGUGGCGCUCCCUUUCCAUCCAUAGCCAAUUCAGAGAACAAAGUAAAAAUGAGGAGAGGUACACGUAAAAAAAUGAAUGAAAAGUAUCGUCUGAAGUACCAUCGACUGCGAAAAGCAGCACGUGCCUUGAUAUUUCAAAAUGCAGCUUUGCAUGAUGAAGCUGCCCAUUUAGAAGAGAAGGUUUUAAGAGCAAAGGAAGAGCGGCAAUUGCUGCUGUUGCACUACCAGUCUCUAUCAGAGGGUGACUUUUUACCCACGCCCAGCUCCACCAUUCAUUCCGCUGUGCCACCGACCACAACAGGCUGUGGCUCUGGAGUACCAGCUGGCGUGUGUGGAGCACACAACCUCUCACCAAUUGUAGCAGUGGAUGAGGGGCAAAUUAAAAAACCCAAGAAAGAACGCAAAGAGCGAGCCAGAGAGAAUGGAAAGGAUGAGAUUCCUAAGAAAAUGACAAAAAAGAGAAAACUGGCUGAUGGUUCCCGGAAACUGGUGCAACCCAUCCCACUUGACUCCAGUGGUCGCCCCGUCUUCCCCAUUGUGCUCGGAGGUUUAACAGUGUACAGCUUGGGCGAGAUCAUCACUGACAGAAUGUUUUUCCAUGACGAAUGUGCUAUCUACCCAGUGGGCUUUUGCAGCACUCGGGUUUUUGCCAGCAUGAAAAAUCCCGAGCUACAGUGCCUCUACACCUGCCAAAUUAAAGAUGGAGGAAGCGGACCACAGUUUGAGAUAGUACCUGAAGAUGAUCCCAAGAAUGCCAUCGUGGCUUCUUCUGCCCUGACGUGCCACUCCAACCUGCUAAAGGCAAUCGCCUCAGUCAGUUCCAAGACUGUCGCCCCGAUUGUGCCAUCUGGAGCAGACUUCUUCGGCUUUUCUCAUCCCACCAUACAGAAUCUCAUCCAGAGUUGCCCAGGAGCGCGCAAGUGUAACAACUAUCGAUGGAUACGUUUUGAAGUGUGUCGCCCAGGCGAUGGGCAGAAUUUGAUUCCUCACAGCCUGUCUGACGAUGACCCCUCCAUCAACUUUGAGGCCUAUCAGCAACACCGACGCUUUAGCGACAAGACGGAGCAAAUCGCAGCACAGGCACCGCAGUGUCCUAGUGCCUUGCAUCUGGCUGUUGCCUCGGUGAAGCCGUCGACCUCCUUUUUCAGCUCCUGA